AUGAAGUUGCGGUCAGAAAUCGUUGAAAUUGCGAUCAGAAAUUAUAGCAAACGAAAUCUAUCGCAUGAUGACUAUCAGUAUAUUCAUAGAAGUGAUUUACCCACUUAUCACUUUCAAAAGAGUCUUCGAAGGUUGCCAAUCCCAAAGCUUCCGCUUACUUGUCACAGAUUGUUGAGAGCUGCAGAGGCUGUUCUUCAAGCCGAAGAAUUACAUUCGCUGAAAAAAUUAGCUGCAAAUUUUUUGGCAUGCGAAGGUCCAGCAUUGCAACGGGAACUUAUUUUGCAUGAUAGACGGAACCAGCAUAGAAGUUAUAUAUCAGAACCAUGGUUCGACACUUAUCUGUGUAACCGGCUUCCAUGUCCAGUCAAUUCUAAUCCUUUUAUAACUUAUCCUCCAGAUCCAGAUCCAGCUUAUAAUGCCCAACUUAUUCGCGCGACGAAUUUGAUUGCCUCAUUUGGUCGUUUUAAGCGUGCGCUAGAUGCGGAAUGUUUAAAGCCUGAAAUAUUCUACAUGAACCCAAAAACGGAGGCCUCUGCAUCAUUCAAAUGGGUUUGCAAGCACCUACCGCAAAAUUUACGGUGGUACGGUGCAGCUGUUUUCGGUGCAUUUCCGCUUGACAUGAGCCAGUACAGAUCACUUUUUGGUUGCUCUCGUAUACCGCAGAAAGGGAAAGAUUGGCUCUUUCAUUGUAAGGAUUCUCGACAUUUCAUUGUUCUGCAUGAUGGUCGAAUUUAUGCUAUUGAUCUAUUUGAUAGAGGCGGUAUGAUUGCAUAUAUAAUGUUUAUUGUUUUAAAAUGA